AAUCAACUUCCGCAACUUUGCUCCACCAAAAACAACAUUAGUUGGCGGACAUGUAACUUGACCAGAACGAUUACCCUUGGCCUAUUGGCUCGCAGAAAUCUGGCGUUGUGAGUUUUUGUUUAGGUGUUAGUUCAUAUUGGUUCAACUCUGUUUCUCAGUGAAAGUUUCUGUGAAAAUGAAAAGUGCAACUUUGAUUGGAGGUAGUUCGCACCCCGACCUUGUGGCAUUGAUUGCUUCUCGGCUUGGUGUGACUCCUGCACCUGUUUCUUUAAAACGUUUUGCAAAUGGUGAAACUAGUGUAGUGAUUCAUCAAUCUGUUCGUGAUCAGGAUGUAUUUAUUAUCCAAAGUGGCAGCAAAACGGUCAACGACAGUCUAAUGGAGUUGCUUAUUCUCAUUAGUGCUUGUAAGGGUGGUUCUGCUCGCAGAAUCACCGCUGUUAUGCCAUAUUUCCCUUACUCUAAGCAAUCAAAAAUGAAGAAGUAUCGUGACGCUAUCACUGCCAGAAUGGUUGCCAAUUUGUUGUCAGUUGCUGGCGUUGAUCAUGUUAUUACGAUGGAUUUGCAUGCUUCUCAAAUGCAAGGCUUCUUUACUCGACCUGUCGACAACCUUUAUGCUGAACCCAACAUUGCUGAGUGGAUUCGCCAUAAUGUUGAAGACUGGGAAAACGCUGUUGUAGUGUCAAAAAAGCCCGGUGGUGCCAAGCGUGUUACAAGUUUGGCCGAUACAUUGAAUCUGGAUUUUGCACUUAUUAACACUGAUAAGCAGCGUAGUUCGCAUCUCCAGCACUCUACUUUCAUGGAAGAAUCGUUCAUGGAAGAAAGUCAGAUGGAGGAGUUGACAAUUGCAGCUCCUCAAAGCCAUAUGGGUCGUCGUCGAGUCCACACCUCCCGUUUCAUUUUUGGUCAUGUUGUAGAUGAAGAAUUUGAGGUUGAUAGCUCUCGUCCAGAAACCCCCCGCUCUGAGUGUUUGCCCAGCGGCACUAUGACCCCUAUUCCUGAUGAGACUCCCAUCUACGAUGAUGAUGAGGAAGAGGAACUCAAUGCGGCCAGUGCCUCAAUCUGCACGGAACGCAUGAUUACCCUGGUUGGUGACGUAAAUGGAAAAAACUGCUCUUUUGCUCGAUGAUAUGGUAGAAAAUCCUACGACGUUUGUCGUAGCUGCCGAACAUAUGAUCAAGCGUUGCGGAGCUAAAAGAGUAAUAAUCAUUGGAACCCAUGGCAUCUUUCAGAAUAAUUGUUUGGCUAUUUUGCAUGCCUGUCCUUUCAUUGAUAAGAUUGUUGUUACUAACACCUAUCCACUUGAUCGUGAGGCCAUUGAAAUUUACCAUAAGCUCGUUAUUGUUGACAUCAGUGGUGCCAUUGCAGAGGCCAUUAGAAGAACCCAUAAUGGUGAGAGUAUUAGCUUUUUGUUUAAGAAGGCAUUUUAACUUCGUCUAUCCAAUAAAAUUACUUUUUCUUGUUCGUAA